AUGUCUGUCGUCGGUGUCGAUUUUGGCGCUCUUAAUACCGUCAUUGCUGUUGCCAGAAACCGCGGUGUCGAUGUCAUCACAAACGAAGUCUCCAACCGGGCUACUCCUUCGCUCGUUGGCUUUGGCCCCAAGAGCCGGUAUAUCGGUGAGCCCGCCAAGACCCAGGAGAUCUCCAACCUGAAGAACACCGUCGGCUGCCUCAAGCGCCUCGCCGGCCGCACUCUCGACGACCCCGAUGUCGCCAUUGAGCAGCAGUUCAUCUCCGCCACCUUGGUCGACGUCAAUGGCGAGGUCGGUGCCGAGGUCACCUACCUCGGCGAGAAGCGCAAGUUUUCCGCCACAGAGCUCAUCGCCAUGUUCAUGAGCAAGAUCAAGCAGACCACCCAGGCUGAGGUCAAGGUCGCCGUCCAGGAGCUCGUCUUGAGCGUCCCCGCCUGGUUCACCGACAAGCAGCGCAGGAGCAUCUUGGAUGCCGCCGAGAUCGCCGGCCUCCGUCCCCUCCGCCUCAUCAACGACACCACCGCUGCCGCUCUCGGCUGGGGCAUCACAAAACUCGACCUUCCCGGCCCCGAGGAGAAGCCCAGGAGAGUCGCCUUUGUCGAUGUCGGCUACUCCAACUACACCUGCUCCAUUGUCGAGUUCAAGAAGGGCGAGCUUUCCGUCAAGGCCACCGCCUGCGACCGUCACUUUGGUGGCCGCAACUUCGACAAGGCUCUGCUCGACCAUCUUCAUAAGGAGUUCCUUGGCAAAUACAAGAUCGACAUCUUCACCAACCCCAAGGCCGUCUGCCGUGUCCUCGCCGCUGCCGAGAAGCUCAAGAAGAUCCUUUCUGCCAACCAGCAGGCUCCUCUCAACAUCGAGUCCCUCAUGAACGACAUCGAUGUCCGCGCCAUGAUCACCCGCCAGGAGUUCGAGGCCAUGGUUGAGCCCCUCCUCGCCAAGGUCCACGUUCCUCUCGAGCAGGCCCUCGCCGACGCCAAGCUCACCAAGGACGAUAUCGACAUCAUCGAGGUCGUCGGUGGUGGCUCUCGUGUCCCCUCCGUCAAGGAGCGCAUCCAGGCUUUCUUCGGCAAGCAGCUUUCCUUCACCAUGAACCAGGAUGAGGCCAUUGCCCGUGGCUGCGCUUUCAGCUGCGCCAUCCUCUCCCCUGUCUUCAAGGUCCGCGACUUUCAGGUCCAGGACAUCAUCAACUACCCCAUCGAGUUCACCUGGGAGAAGGAUGCCGAUAUUCCCGAUGAGGACACCAGCCUCGUCGUCUUCAACAAGGGCAACGUCCUCCCCUCCACUAAGAUUCUUACCUUCUACCGCAAGCAGCCUUUCGAUCUCGAGGCCAGGUACACUAACCCCGAGGAGCUCCCCGGCAAGACCUCUCCCUUCAUUGGUCGCUUCUCCAUCAAGGGUGUUCAUGCCACCGAGGGUCCCGAGGACUUUAUGAUUUGCAAGCUCAAGGCUCGUAUCAACAUUCACGGUAUUCUUAACGUUGAGAGCGCCUACUACGUCGAAGACCAGGAGGUCGAGGAGGAGGUCAAGGAUGAGAACGGUGAUUCUCUCGAUGGUGGAACGCACGAAAAUUUGGACGAGGAAAAGCUAACCCACGAAAAGGUUGUCAUGGAAGGCGACAAGCCCAAGACCCGCAAGGUUAAGAAGCAGGUCCGCAAGGGCGAGCUUCCUGUCGUCAGCGCCACCCCGUCCCUCGACCCCGCCGCCAAGAACGCCGCCAUUGAGAGGGAGCAGGCCAUGAUCAUGGAGGACAAGCUCGUUGCCGAUACCGAGGAGAAGAAGAACGAGCUCGAGACCUACAUCUACGACCUUCGCAACAAGCUCGACGACCAGUACGCUGACCUCGCCUCCGAGGAGGAGAAGGAGAAGAUCCGUGCUAAGCUCAUGGAGGUUGAGGACUGGCUCUACGAUGAGGGUGACGAUGCCACCAAGGCCGUCUACGUCGCCAAGAUCGAAGAGAUCCGCGCCCUCGCCGGCCCCGUCGUCCAGCGCUACUUCGACAAGGUUGAGGCUGAGAGGCAAGCUCUCCAGGAGAAGCUCGAGGCCGAGAAGGCCGCCAAGAAGGCUGAGGAGGAGGCCCGCAAGGCCAAGGAGGCUGCCGAGAAGGCCGCCCAAGAAGGUGCCAAGGACGACGAGAUGACCGAUGCCGACGCUCCGAAGCCUGUCGUCGAGGAGGCUUAG